CCGGAUUAAGAAGGCUGUUUUAUUUUGGUGCCCUGGACUUCAAGCAGAUUAAAUAAUCAAAAAGGCCGGGCCAUCGGGGUCAUGUUUGAAUGCUACAGCUGUUCACUAAGAUCUGACCAACAUUCUUUAUGUGGCUCGCUGUCUGAAUGGGAGAGGCAGAGGAGAUCCCAGGGAGGCUGACACACUGAGAAAAAGGACGGGACACAAUCAAAAGAUCCUCUUAUGGAAAAGAACCACAGCAGACGGAGACAAGGGGAUGGGCUGCUUCAAUAAGUGACCUCCUGAAUGCAGUAACUGCCUUCUGCCGCAGAGAAAAGCCCAUACUGGAUUCCGGGAAAGUGAAUAGAAAGGCGGGCUCCAAGUUUGUCGUGGCCUGGGUGUGCUGAUCUGUAAGCACACAAGGCGGGGUGCAUGUUGGAAGAGGGCUCGCACUGCAGAGACUGAGCCAUGAAAGGAGCUCUGCUGCUGUUUUCCGGUCUGAGUAUCCUGCUCCAAGGUGUGGGCAGCUGCCCCAAGAAAUGUUCGUGUCGCUCAUCUUCAAACUCUGUGGACUGCAGUGGCCAGGGACUGUCCGAGAUUCCUCCUGAUCUACCCCCAUGGACACUAACCCUGCUCUUACAAGAUAACCAGGUCCAUUGGCUUCCUGCUCAUGCAUUUAGAUCUGUGCCACUGCUCAGAACCUUAAAUUUAUCUAACAACUCUCUUUCAAAUCUGGCUUCAGAGGCUUUCUAUGGACUUCGGCACUUGGAGGUUUUAAACCUAACCCAAAAUUCCCUGCUUUCCCUGGAAAGCAGCCUUGCCCAUGCCCUGCCUGGGCUCAGGGAGCUGGAUCUGUCAUCUAACAGCCUCAGGCUCCUGCCCACAUCCCUGGGCAAGCCUUGGGAGAACCUGACCAUGUUUGCCGUGCAGCGGAACCAUCUCCUGCAUCUGGAUCGUACACUUCUAGAGGCCAUGCCCAAGGUGAGGCUGGUACUUCUUAAGGACAACCCUUGGAAAUGUGACUGCCACUUGCUGGGUCUGAAACUCUGGCUGGAGAGAUUCACCUUUGAAGGGGGAAUAACAGACAGCGCCAUCUGCAGGCUGCCUGAACACUGGAAGGGAAAGGAACUCCUCUCCAUUCCCCAUGAACUAUACCAGCUCUGUCCUCUGCCUUCUCCAGACCUGGCACCCUCACUAGUUCAGCAGCCCAGUUCUGCCCCUCAAGAGGCCCACAAGUCUUCUGAGAAUAACUCCGGACAACAAGAUUCCUUGGAGUGUGAGCCCAAACCCAAACCAAAGCCAGCCAACCUGCGCCACGCUGUGGCUACUGUGGUCAUCACUGGGGUGGUAUGUGGGAUCGUAUGUCUCAUGAUGUUGGCAGCUGCUAUCUACGGCUGCACCUACGCAGCCAUCACAGCCCAGUACCAUGGGAGACCCUUGGCACCAACCAGUGAGUCUGAGAAAAUGGGAAGCAAGGAGCCAAUGAACAGUUCCGCAGCCCGAGAACCUCCGUGUCAAAGUUCCUCCUUGAUCAACUGAGGGCCACAAGAAAUGUUUGAGUGGACCUGACGUGCCUCACUGCUCUUCUCCCGUGUAUUGUCUUCCAAAACAACUAAGAGAAAACAUGUGUCUGUUAAAAAAAAAAAGUACCCAAAUUUAUGGGAAGAAAUUUAUGGUAUAGCUUUGAAAUAUCACAGACAAAAUAGUUAUGCUCAUAUCCUGCAACUGAGAGGUUAGGACAUGAGUCUAUGUGCAGGAACACAAAGAAGGGAGAGGCCAUCUCUUUUAGGUACCUUUCUCUGGAUUAACUUGUUUCUACAGAGCAACAGGAAUGUUGACAUGUGUGCCAACAGGCAUUCUUAGGAGCUUUGGGGGCCACCAGUUGGAGGGCCUGGAAAGAGGCUGGUGAUCUUACCCGAGGGGUACUGGAUGCCUCUUUAAUUCAAGUUCAUGCUGGAUUGGUGGGACUUUUAGAUGUUGUGUAUGUUACAUAUUUAGUGGAAAUGUCUGUUGGUUGGGAAUUUCAUAGCUGGCCACAAGAGUCGGAUUAUAUUUAAUUUUCUAAAUCAGAAAACCAUUUGGGGCUUUCUGAGCUGCAGGAGAAGACAAGGGUUCCAUGUCUGGUUAAUGGGACUCAGGCCUGGAGUCUGGGCAAGGUUUUUGAUGUGAAGGAACACAGAGGGAAUGGGUGAACCAGAAUAUAGGGUAGAUAUCACCAAAAGGCCAUAUCCACCAACCAACUGGAACCUUCCCCUAGAACUCACAGCAGGGAUGAAUUUAGAUUAGGCUGAAUGGUGCUUGUGUCUCUGCAUCUGCAUACACAAUGCACAGAGGGCAUGGAUUUGUACAGCUACACCCACACAUAAACACCCUCGGAGCAAUCAGCUUACCCACUAAUGAAAUGCAGCCGUGUCGGGUUGGGAGCCAGUAGCUGCUGAUCACCACCCAGAUGGUAUGCUCAACACUCGGGGAGAGGAAGGAAGAAGGAAGUUGGGGGAGUGGGAGUUGCUGGGGGACUGGAGGUACCUGGUGGCAGACAUCCUGAAGGCUGGUGCUGAAGUGUGGCUUUAAAAAGUUCAGGUAUGGCUUGCUAAGUCCACACAGACUUUGUCCCGGAGAGUUGCAUGCAAAGUGAAUUUUUGUAAAUUGAAUCAUCAUUUUAAUGCAGCAGGGGAGCUCGCUAUUUAAAGGAACCUUUCAUGGAAUCUUUUCUGUAAUGGAAAUAAUUGGCUCCAGAUUGAUGCAUUUUUCAAAUUUGCAUUUCUUUGCUAGGGUUUCUUAAAGCGGAAUAUACCUAUACCUACUCUUUCUGUUUAUACAACAGGCACUUUUUAAGAUUAUAACUACUUUGCACAGGAAGAGAGCGCAGAGGAGUUAAAGACAUGUUAAAAGCAGAAAAUGACAAAUAUGGGGCAAGCUGUUCCUCUAGAGCCCAUGACAGACAUUGCUAAUCAAUCCCAGCACUCUUCCCAGCUGAGCCUCAAAUACACCACAGAUGGUUUCUUAAGACAGCACUAUAGGCAACCAGAACUAAUCAAUUGGAGUUGGUUCAAAGGAUAAAGCACAUUUGCCAUUCAGGGUACUGGCUCUACUUCACCCUCAAGGCCAUGUAAAAAUUGGUUUGGAUCCCCAGUCAGUAGUCUGCUCCCAAACUGGAACACAAAUGGGACAUGCAUAUGCUGGGAUGGACAGAUGCACAGCGAGCUGUAAGCAGUGUAAACCUUGUAAACCAGUGGGCUAAGGGUCAACUGUCUUUUUGGAGCAUCAAUUCAGCUAGAUAGUUUCCUUGGGAGAAGAAGUUGAAGUGUGAAUAGCUAACACUUUUCUAAAUAUCAAAAUAAAACUGGAUGCAUAAAAUUAUAAGUUUAAAAGCACAACGUAUAUAUGAAUGGAAAGUCACAGUGAAACCAUUAGCCUGUGCAAUUAGUAUGUUUUAAUGAUUACAGUGUAAGAAUGAAUAGAACAAACGGAGUUCUCAGAGAAGGCCUCAUGGCUGCAUGGGCUGUUAGUCACCAUGAUACCACCUCUCUAUUGUGCCAAGGUGGUCCAACUCAACCGUGUGGUGACUGAGUUCCUAUUCCAAGGAUGUAGCAACUACUUUCAAGCUGAAAAAGCAUUUCUUUCCAUUGUCCUAACUGUGCCUUUGUUGUUGCUGUUAGCCAAGAAUGUAAUGUGAGAGGAAAUUGAGAAGGUCCAUUAUUUUUCAUCUCCAUUUGACCAAAUGUUUUCCAAGCUCACACUGUUAGCAGGCAUGGCGUAAACUGUUCCCAUGAGCAUUCCACACAGAAUUCUGACACUCUUCCGAGGGAUGCCUGAGCAGCUAUCACAUGCCCCAAGAACUCCCAGGGCCAACAGCACACACCUCCUCUAACAAGUGAUUUGAGACUGCAAGUCUACUGUGCCCUGCUAAUAGUUUGGAGGUGCUGUAGGUAAGCCUUGUCCUCAGAGAUUACAUCAAAGAGUUUCCAGUACACCGCACAAACCAUGGAUGGGGCCCAAACCCAUGCUUGUCAACAUCCUAAUCCUAUUAGAUGUUGAAGUCCAGAUGAUAACCCAGGCAAAAGGCUUCUAGCUUCAUAGGUAGUCUUUAAGCAAAAGGAUUUAAAUGAUACACAUGUACACUCAGAUUUCUAUCAUUUGCCUACAGUCACCACACACAGCAGUUGGCAAUGAAAAUAAUUACUUACUCUGAAAUGUCAACAGCUUCUCAGCACAGAAAAA